CCACCUCUGACAAACAGCUAGCCAUGGUCACGACCACUGUUCUUUCUCCUCGCCGCCCAUACCCAUAUAAUCCCGCCCCCUCUGAUCAGGAGCUCCAAUUACCCCCUCCUCCGCCAUGGCCAGUGCAAUCUCUGGUGCUGCAAAGCAGAUAUUCACCUCCGUCGCCGACACCGCAAAGGUCGCUGACCUCCAGAGGGACUCCAUUGACCCUAGCGACAAGACAAAUAAGGGCCUCACCACUGACUCUGGAACUUAUGUCUCUGACACAGACAAUUGGCUGAAAGCCCAGGAUGGCACCCAUGUGGGACCCUCGCUCCUCGAGGACCAGAUCGCGCGCGAGAAGAUCCACCGCUUCGAUCAUGAACGUAUCCCGGAGCGUGUCGUGCACGCACGAGGCACUGGUGCGCACGGCUACUUCAAGGUCUACGACGACCGGGCCAAGAAGUACACCACCGCCGGUGUGCUCACCGACCCGUCUCGUACGACGCCGACCUUCGCCCGCUUCUCGACUGUCCAAGGCUCGCGUGGGUCUGCGGACACUGUCCGCGACGUCCGCGGCUUUGCCAUCAAGUUCUAUACGCAGGAGGGUAUCUGGGACAUUGUCGGCAACAACAUUCCCGUCUUCUUCAUUCAGGAUGCUAUCAAGUUCCCUGACUUCGUCCACGCCGUCAAGCCCGAGCCUCACAACGAGGUGCCCCAGGGUCAGAGCGCCCACAACAACUUCUGGGACUUUGUCGGUCUCCAACCUGAAUCCGCUCACAUGGUGAUGUGGGCCAUGUCCGACCGUGGUAUCCCUAGGUCGUUCCGGAUGAUGCAGGGCUUCGGUGUUAACACCUACACACUCGUCAACGAUAAAGGCGAGAAGUUCUUCGUCAAAUUCCACUGGAUCCCGGAGCUUGGUGUCCACAGUUUCGUCUGGGACGAGGCUUUGAAGAUCUGUGGCCAGGAUCCCGACUUCCACCGCAAGGACCUUGAGGAGGCCAUCCACUCUGGCGCCUACCCCACGUGGAAGUUUGGUAUCCAGGUCAUCCCUGAGGCAAACGAGCAUGACUUUGACUUCGAUAUCCUCGACGCUACCAAGGUGUGGCCUGAGGAGCUCGUCCCUCUGGAGAUCCUCGGCGAGAUGGUCCUCAACAAGACGGUCGAUGAGUUCUUCCCCGAGACUGAGCAGGUCGCUUUCUGCACAGCGCACGUCGUUCCGGGCAUUGGCUUCUCGGAUGAUCCUCUUCUCCAGGGCCGCAACUUCUCGUACUUUGACACGCAGAUCACCCGUCUGGGCGUGAACUGGGAGGAACUGCCGAUCAACCGGCCUGUGUGCCCCGUACUCAAUCACAACCGCGACGGUGCUAUGCGCCACAAGAUCACGAAGGGGCAGGUCAACUACUGGCCCAAUCGCCUCGGUGUCGGCGCUCCUGUGCCAACGAAUCAGGGUGGCUACGCAGACAUCGCGACCAAGGUUCAGGGCAUCAAGCAGCGUGUUCGUGCUCCGAAGUUCCAGGAGCAUUUCAACCAGGCACAGCUGUUCUACAACUCGCUUGCUCCCCACGAGAAGCAACACCUCAUCAACGCUAUGUCGUUCGAGCUCUCACACUGUGAUGACCCGAUCGUAUUUGAGACCUACACGAAACUGGCCGCCAACAUCGACUUCGAGCUUGCCAAGCAAGUUGCCAUCAACGUCGGCGGCAUUGUUCCCGAGAAGCCUGCGCGCCCCAACCAUGGCAAGGCGACCGCGACCCUCAGCCAGCUUUACUACGCUCCGAAGGAGCCGACGAUCGCUUCGCGCCGCAUUGCCAUCCUCGUCGCAGACGGUUUCAACCUUGCUGAAGUCGAGGCGUUGCGCGCAGCGUUCAAGCUCGGACAGGCAACGACGUUCGUCAUUGGUCCGCGCCGUGGGUGGGUCUACUCAGCAGGCCAGAUCGCUGGCAAGGGCACUGGUGUCUGGGCGGACCACCACUACGAGGGUCAGCGGAGCACGCUCUUUGACGCGUUUAUCAUCCCUAGCGGUGCUGAGCAUGCGCAGAAGCUUGCUCAGAAUGGACGCUGCAUCCACUGGGUGCGCGAGGCAUUUGGUCACCUGAAGCCUAUCGGCGCUAUUGGCGAGGGUGUCGCAUUCCUCCACGAAGCUGUGCAGCUUCCGGGUGUGUCGCUCAUGUCUGAUCUGUCGAGCGACUCGGUGGUGAACUCGUAUGACGUCGUCACUGCCGGCAAGUACGACUCGGGCACAGUCGCUGCGGACACGCUCAAGAUUGCGCAGGGCGAGAAGGGCUUCGUGUCCAACUUUGCCUAUGCGGUCAGCAAGCAUCGCUGCUGGGACCGCGAGUCAGACGGUCUGGCGGCGAAGGUCGCGUUCUAAAAUUUGUCGCCGUGAUGAGCCUAGCACAGUACUUGGGGCGCCGGCGAGACGAAAGACGGCAGUGGCAAAAGUAAUGUGUACGAUUUACGAGCAAAGGACACUGUAGCAUCUACCAUUGUAUGUACAAAAUCUCGGCCAUAUGUAUCAUGCACGAUGUACCUUAGUGACAUAGUACGUUUCUUGCUCAUACUGUUUGUGCAUCAUCUUCCCCCCAACCACUGAGUAAACCAGGAUUGAUGAGGGCAUGCAUUUUGGCGCAUGAAGUCAC